AUGAUCUGGACGUCACUUUGACGUUUCGUGAGAAAGGCAGAAUUUUGUAUUUUUCCCAAAUUGAAUGUAAAUUAUUGCGCAUUACCGAUAUUAUAAGUGAUUGUUAAUUAAAUAAUAACUAACAAUGCUAUCAAAUAAAUUUCGACAGUUGAGCCUAGGUAUCAAAAGGAGUCCCGUGUUUUGGAGCAAUGUUCGAUACAAAGCCGCCUACGAGGGCGAAGGCAAGACGACAGUGCGCGUUAUCAAUCAAGAGCAAGACUUAGGGCUUAUGAUAGACUCCUAUGCUACUUAUGGAUUUAGAUUAAACAAUGGAAUUACAGUGCUUGGACCUCUAGCUAUUUUUUCCAGAACAAUACUGUCUUGGCAAGUGCGGACAUCAAAGGACAUCACUGAGGCUUCUUUGAGGUUCUUCAAGCUGCUUGAACCCAAGAUCGAUCUCUUGAUUGUAGGGCUGGAAACCAAUGAGAGGGAUACUCUGAACUCCGUGUUCCGUGCGGCGCGCGAAGCCAAGCUCAACGUGGAGAUAUUGCCCACCGAGCACGCCUGCUCCACCUUCAACUUCCUCAACUCUGAGGCCAGGUCAGUAGCCGGCGCUCUAAUUCCUCCCCUCCACAUAGAAAUAAACGAAGAUGACAUGCUAAGAUCCAAACUGCACUACGAAAAUUUAUACAAGAAGGAGAUACAUUAAUGUACUCUCUAUACGACAAUAGUCAGUACUCCAAUGCUAAUAUUCAAAUUAAAAGUUCAGUCUCUUGAGUGAAUAUGCGCCAAUGCUUGCUUCAUUGGGCAUAGCAUAGCAUCAAUCUUUUAUCUGAUAUAAUGUUUUCACUGUAUCAUGUGACUCAUUUUUGUCUUCUGUGGACAAAAUAUGUGGCGUUUUGAAAGAUUUUAAAUUGAAAAUCUGUCAACAUUUCAAGUUUAUGUCCAAUGAAAUUUAUUUGAUGAUCGCAACAUUCGUAGCUUUUAAUAAAUUAAGGAAUAAAUUAUUAUUUAUUAUGUAAAUAUUAGUUAUAGUGAAAUAUAGAAUGAUAUGUUA